AUGACUUUGCGGGACGCGCUCCUAGCAGGCCUCAACAGCCUACCAGGAACUCGUGAGUUCCAUCUUCAUGUCCUGGUCUCAUCACCCAGAAAGCACGGCAACCUUUUCCCGUUUGCGAAUCCGCGACCAAGGUCGUACUUGCAAGAUAUUUUGAUUCUGCUUUCCGAGCAAACCACACCAGACUCUUCUUCCGUGUUCGUCUCUGCAAUCGAAGCAUGCGUGUAUAACAUCCCUACGACGUCCUGUGCGAUAUUGUAUGUCUCAAAAGUGGACUCUACCGGACAAGCAACCGCACCAUCUCCCACUCCAGCUCUUGUUCGUGCACUCCUGCUGUUCUACGCAGACCCUGCCACGCGUCCCAUCUCCGUUAACCAUCUAUGGAUUCACGUCUUUGCGAGAGCACAGAAUCAAUAUCUAUUCCCAAACUCUUCAGAAUACCCGAACAAGCGCCCCCUAAGCGAUAUCAAGCUCUGUGCUUGGUGGAAACGCCAAUUCAGCACUGUCGUAGGCGAGUUGGCGUCUCGCGUGGGAGAUACAUGCCGCACCAAACUGUAUUACAUCUUACCCGGUCUCAGCGAGUUUGAAGCUCAUCACUCGUUGGAGCGGGUAUACCCAUCGACUGGUUCGUGCAGUUGGACAUACGGUCACCCUUAUUCGCAGGACGAAAUCUCCCUACCAUGUCCUUGUCCUUCGGGAGGCGAUUCGCCUCGUCAUCUUGGGCAAUGUAUACCGUCAUUUGAUGAUGACCCUAAAUCUCGAUUUAUCGAUGAGAUUGCGUACACGACGGAUGCGGAUGGGGUGAGGUCCCCAGAGCGAAAACGCGCAAGAGCGGAUACGUUAAAGACGCACGAAGAAGACACCUCGUCAGCCGACGCUUCAGAAAAGAAGGAAGGUCGGAGUAAAAAAGAGGACCAGACGCUUAAAGAAGUCAAGAAGGUGUCUGUGGAAGAAUUCUGGGAGCGGAUGUCGUUCCGACAGGAAUGUAUUGCAGGGGCGGUCACCGGGUUUUUCGUGAUUGCUGUCUCUGGUACCAGCAGACCGGCUUCGACAGUCACUGCGAGUGAAGUGUCACCACUUGCACCCCAAGCAGGGCAGGUUUCGUCACAGAUGAACAAACGUGUGUUGACGUCACUAUUGACUGCUCACGAAUUUCCAUCUGUGGAAAAGGCGGUGUGGUCGACUAAAGUGAUUGAAGAUUCCAUACGAGGGUUGUGCGAUGGACUCAAGUCGAAUCCUCUUCCGCUUGUCAUAGCAGACAGAUCGGGGCGACAAACGCCUGAGCCUGAGCCUAUUCGGAGCACUCUAGCACCUCCACAGACGCCCCCACCUCGUCUCGUGAAUGGAAAGAGACCGAUGGUCGACAUAUCUCCCAAUCCAUUUCCGGAGCCAGUUGCUUCUCUGGAAACAUACCACUCGUACAUAUAUGGUACGAUUGCGGUCAAAAAUUGCCCACCGCCGAUGAAGGAACACGGGGAAGCCACAAGCGCUGGUAACGGCAGACCUCCAAUAAUCACGGUGUUGACAGCGAGGAAGAAGCGGACGAAAUCAUAA